AUGUUGAAUGCAUGGUUUGAAGCAAAUGCUAUAUACCUUGAAGCAAUGAGUUUAACAUAUGUUGAAUUUCCUACACAAUGGGUUUUGAGUGAUAAUAGGGAAAUAUGGAUUAUGCGAAAGAGGGGAAAAUCGAUUGGGAGCUUAUAUUAUGCUCAUCCAACAUCUAGAGAACAUUAUUACCUUCGCAUGUUGCUUCAUGUUGUCUGUGGUUGUAGGAGUUUUGCAGAAUUACAUACUAUUGAUGGGGUCCUAUAUGAUACAAAUAAAGCAGCAUUUGUGAGAGAAUUACAUGAUCCAAGUGCUCAUAUCCCUAAUACAGAGUUUCAAGGUUGGCCUUUAUCUGAAAUAGAGCUUAUUUUGAAUAAAAAUGGCAAGUCUCUUAAAGAUGAUCCUGGAAUGCCAAUUUCACCUACAACAUCGUAUGGUGCAUUUACAAAUCGGUUACUUUGGGAGGAGUUGAAUUGUGACCCUUAUGCUAUGACUUCUCAAUUUCACAUUUUGUAUCCUCAAUUAAAUGCUGAGCAGAUGUUUAUAUAUGAGAAAAUUAUGCAAACAUGCAACUCUGAUUCAGGGGGAUUAUACUUUGUAUAUGGUAGUGGAAGAACAGGCAAGACAUUUCUUUGGAACACAAUAAUAUCAAGGCUUAGAGCAGAUCAAAAAAUUAUUCUUGCAGUUGCAAUAUCUGGAAUUGCAGUCUUAUUAUUACCAGGUGACUGA